ACAAACUCAGAAAUGUGUAAAGAACUAUAAUUGAUGUAUAUAAGAGUAGUCCAAAUUAUUGUAAGCACGAACUAUGUCCAUGGACGAAUCGCGAGCCCAUCAGUGGGCCUUAUGUGCCUUGGCAGGAAUAACCGGAUUUUUUUGCGGAGUCUUUGUUCAGCAAGAGGCGUCCAUAAGGCAACUUUUCCAGCAGAUUCGAAGGGAUCCUUACGUUUACCAUCAUCGGCACAAGUUGUAUCCCAUGCUCUCUACCUUUAGCACGGAUCAUGAAACCAGACUAUGGAACGGUUCCACUUCUUUGGCUGACAAAUUUAGAGAGUUCAUUGUAUCACCAAUUUUUGAUUUUGUAAGCGCUGCUCUGAUGCUUAAAACGGAUUCAGCAACUACGACUGACCUGCUGGACUUGAUUAAAUACGGACUACCUAGCAUGGAGAACUUGUAUGUUCACAAGGACUAUAUUGUUUCACAGGAUAUGUGCACCAAUGCCCCCAGAUGGAUCUGUGAGCAUUUCCGAGGGGAUUACCAGAAGAUAGUGUCAGAUGAUGGCGGUUACACUGCCUUAAAUCUGCGCUAUAACGACGUCUAUGUGUUGAGUUGCGGUGCGACGAAGAUCUGUAAAGCUUUCAAGCGGAGAAUAUGGAAUGACCUGGAAAAAUAUGUGUCCACCAAGGCUAAGGAAUUUGGCUCAGUGUACACAUACACUGGACCGAUUUACACCCCUUCCUGCCAUGAGAAUGGCAAAUGGUCCAUGAAGUAUGAGGUGCUCGAUUGGAUUCCGAUGCCAGUUCCUUCGCAUUAUUUUAAGGUCCUGAUCGUGGAAAGCCAUAUUCCCGGAUUGUAUUCUUUUAUGGAGAGCUAUAUUAUCGAAAACAGCCGUUUAGUGGGUGGGAAGUUAAGCGAUCAUCGGGCCAGGAUUGACGAAAUAGAACGUUUUACAGGACUGCAAUUUAACAAAGUCCUGCGGCCCGUUGUCCAGUUUGACAAGAACGUUUUUAGCGUUGACACCGGAGCCUGGCCAGGUCGAAUUAAGGAGAUUUCUGAGCCACUUGGGACCCAACCUUCGGAUAUAAAGUAUUAAAAGCGUCUACAAAAUGUGUUUGAAAUUUAGUAAGCCUAUGAAUUUUUAAAAGUACAAUGUACAUUUAUUAAAUCAC